AUGGCGCAAGCGCAGGCUCCAGGUGGAGGAGGGCGUCUACCGAGCAUCUCGGUCUCCAGAACGUCUAGCAAAGCGAGCACGAAGCAGAAUGGAACAUCAAAUUCGAACGUCCGUUCCAAGGGGAGCGAUCGACAGCAAUUGCCACGAGUGGAAACGGAGCGACUCGCUCGUCAUCAUGCCCGCCACGACGCCUGGCUGCGCAAUCACGACACCGAGGUGGAGUGGAAGAUCAAAUGGGAUCGACAUUCUUUCAAAGAUGGACGAGUGCUGAUCAUUGACUACAUCUCCAACGAGCAUGCGCAAGACACCGACCGACGUCAAGUGUCUGUAGCAGCACAAGAGUUUCAGUCGAUCGAAGGCCUGCGACAAUUCUAUGCAGACAGCACACGAGUCCAUGGCGCUGCGCUUCGAGUGGUGCAUGUUCAAAAUGCACCUUGGGCAGUGGCAUUCCUACUCGCCAAAUUCAAUAUCGACCAUCCCAGCGAAGUGGUCGGCAUGCAAAGCUUCAGCAAGUGGGCACGUUAUGAGAAACCACGCCAACGUAAAGGGAAGCCAUUUCCAAGCGGACGAUCUUGGCGGGGCCAGACUGAUCCAUGGCGGAACAUAUCUCGAACGGCAUUCGGAUUUGACUAUCUCAAGGCGUUUCCCACAGAGCCGCCUCGCCGACGAAAAGACUCCUCUGAGCAUACAGGUGCCUCUAGCAAGCCCACUCCAGCCAGAUUGAUGCAUCUCAAUGCGUACGAUGAUGCAAAAUCUCCUCAUGGGUACGACAUCUCCAUUCAGCGGGUGUCGGUCUAUGUGCAGAGGGAUCUGGGAGAAGCAUCCCAUGCAUCGCCAGAUGUUGCUGUGAAGAACCCAUACGCAAAGCCUGACGCUGGGAUCACGGGUCACGUCUCUGGAAAGAACGAUGGGGUCGUUGAUCUGGACACUCUUGACAAUAGCAACACUGUCAUCGUCUUCGAGAUCUCCGCCUCGUCGAAUCUCAACGAUUGCCUUUCGCAACCACGCAAUGAUUAUGAGAAGCGUUGGCGUCGUCUAUCGUUCUAUCUGCGGAAGGAGGACGUACUGAAUGACUCCCGUCUUGCAGCGCAAUGCACAGAUCUGAUACUACGCGAUAUAUUCAAUGGCCUAGGGGUCGUCUGGAACCACUACCUUGUCGUCGCGACUGAUCACGUCUCUAUUCUCGAGGACAAAAUCUAUGAGAAUCCAGCCGAUGAGUCCCGCGCACCAGAACUCUGGCUCAACCAAGCGAACUGGCUGAAAGCUGAGAAGGUGAUGUGGAUUCACUGCGAUCUGAUCAAUGAGAUGCAAGUGCAUAUGCGAGAGCUUGCUGCCAAGGAUCACGAUGACUUUGCUUUUGAGAUUGACUGGCUAGCCAAUACGCCCGGAGACUAUGAGCGCAUGGUACGGGCCCUAUCGGACGAUCUCAUUGCGCCAACCAACAGUCUGAGCGAUUUGCUGUACAAGUCGGUCAACAUUCGAGAUGCGAAGCAGUCUUUGCAGCUUGGACUGUCAAUGUGGAGAUUGAGCUGGAUCACGUUCAUUUUCCUGCCAUUGACAUUUAUCGUUGGCUUCUUCGGAAUGAAUGUUUCUCUAUUCGGCGAGGAGACUUUACCUGGGCUGGGUUGGUACUUUGUCGCAGCAGGUGUGCUGAUGGUUCUUGUCAUUUGUCUCUGGUACUUUGUCAAGCACAGCGCCCAACGUACUCAUCAAGCUCAAUCUGACCGCGGCAAAUAUGAGUCGCUUUACAGCCACCUCGAGGAGGAGUAUCCCGGGCUUUGGACUAGGUCUGGCGCCGCACCGAACAUCGAACCGAUCAAACGAUCACAUCGCCUCAAGUGGCGUCUCAUCAAGCGAUGGUUCACACCAACAGAGACAGAAACUGCAGGUCUGCAUCGCUACGCAGCGCUCACGCCAGACGAGCAAAUCAGCGGCGACACCUCGAUCAAUACCUGGACAGCGAUCAAACGAAAGCUGCUUAUGCGAUGGCUCGGGCAGAUCAGCAACCAUCUAGAUAUGCACAGCGGCGACGCAGAUGACGGGCUCGACCUUGCGGAGAUGGGCGCGAGCAUGAAUCCUAGCAUUGCCACGACUGCUCAGAGCUCGUUGCACGCUGUUCAUGAGCUGGUCAACACUUCCACGCCGAUUUCCGUUGCAGAGGCGGAACCUAGUGCUGUUGCGUCGAUAGGUGGAUCGGGUCUCCGGCCACUUGUCAAGGGCGAGAGGCGGCAGAGUGAGGAGAGACCCGGCAGUCGUGGGAGCAGUGGCAUCAUGUUGGAAGAGAGGAAUUUGAGUGAUUCGGAGAGCGAUGCUGGGGAGCAUGCGAGAGCCGGUGCAGCCAGUGGACGAGAGAGUGCCACUUAG